CCCUACGCUCCUUAUCACAGACCCUGGUGGUUUUUCAGAAAUCAAAAAUGGUUUGCCAGAAGACGAUCGCCUCGCUGCUCCUCGGAGCCGGCCUUGCUGCUGCUCUGCCAGCACUCAAGCCAACGAGUAUCAGCAACACAAGCAGCUACGCUAGCACCGGUUGCACGUUUACAGAUGCAGCAGCUGCAAAGGCUUCGAAGACUGCUUGCUCCAACAUCAUUCUCAAGGACAUCGCCGUCCCAGCCGGUGUAACCCUUGACUUGGAAGGCCUCAACAAAGGAACUACUGUUACCUUCGAAGGCACCACUACCUUUGGCUACAAAGAAUGGGCAGGUCCCCUGAUCAGCGUCUCUGGUACUGGAAUCCAGGUUAUUGGUGCUUCUGGCCAUGUCAUUGAUGGUAACGGCGCCAAGUGGUGGGAUGGCAAGGGCAGCAACGGAGGCAAGACAAAGCCAAAGUUCUUCGCCGCUCACAAGAUGAUCGACUCUACGAUCUCGGGCUUGAACAUCAAGAACUACCCAGUUCAGUGCUUCUCUGUCAACCAGUGCCAAAACAUCAACUUGAAGGACAUCACGCUUGACAACUCUGCCGCUGGUGAUCUCGGACACAACACAGACGCCUUCGAUGUUGGGUCAAGCACCGGCGUGCACUUCACGAAUGCCAACGUGAAGAACCAAGAUGACUGCCUCGCCAUCAACUCCGGAUCCGACAUAACUUUCACCGGUGGCACUUGCUCUGGCGGUCAUGGUCUCUCCAUCGGCUCAGUCGGCGGCCGCUCAGACAACGACGUCACGAACGUCGUGAUCAGUAACUCAACUAUCUCCGACUCCGACAACGGUGUCCGCAUCAAGACCGUCUACGAUGCUACUGGAUCUGUCCAGAACAUCACAUACUCUGACAUCACGCUCAAGAACAUCGCCAAGUAUGGUAUUGUCAUCGAGCAGGACUACGAGAACGGCUCGCCAACUGGCACCCCAACGUCAGGAGUUCCGAUCACCGAUGUGACUAUCAAGAAUGUCAAGGGCACUGUUGCGGAGAAGGGAACGGAGGUGUAUCUCCUUUGCGCCUCGUGCUCGAACUGGACUUGGGAGGGUGUUGCGAUCACUGGUGGAGAGAAGAGCACAAAGUGCAAGGGAGUUCCAUCGGGCGCUUCGUGCUAGAUGCUCUCCGGUAGGAAGAGCAUGCCGAUUGACAUCUUGUCAUAAGGGCGGAGUUAUUGGUGCGGCAACGCAACCCUCUGAGAGAUUCCGCGGCCCUGUGCCGUGUUCUUCUUAGCCAGAGGGUGACGAGCCAGCUGCGAAACGUGGCGAACAAGCGAGA